AUGGACCAGCAGCCUCAUGCAGUUCUAGUCGCUAGCCCUGGCUUGGGCCACCUUAUCCCUGUCCUCAAACUCGGAAACCGUCUCUCCUCUGUCCUCAACGUCCACGUGACCGUUCUUGCAAUCACCUCCGGCUCCUCUUCCCUGGCAGAAACCGAGACGAUACAUGCAGCUGCGGCUAGAGGGAACUGUGAAGUUAUAGAAUUACCCUCGGUCGAUAUAGACCACCUAUUGGAGCCAGAUGCGACAGUGGUCACUAGAAUAGCGGCGAAGAUGCGAGUCAUGAAGUCAGCAGUUUGGGAUGCUGUGAAAUCAAUGAAGCGAAAACCAACGGUCUUGAUCGUUGAUUUGUUUGGUACGGGGCUGUUGUCCAUAGGCGAUGUUGGUGUGAUGAAAAAGUAUGUGUACAUUCCAUCGCAUGCGUGGUUCUUGGCAUUAAUGGUCUACUUGCCGGUGUUGGAUAAGGUAGUGCAUGGUGAGUAUGUUGAAAUUAAGGAGCCUAUGAAAAUACCAAGUUGUAAACCUGUCGGGAAAUAA